AUGUUGCAAGUUGACGUGUCACUAAGGCUUGAUCUUGUGAAGGAUGAAUCGAUUGAGACACAAUCACCCGCUCAAGUUCGCGCUUUAACCGAUCAUAUGCGCCAAAUUCGCCCCGACAUUCUUAUUGCCGUUGAUCAAGAAGGUGGACGAGUACAACGCCUAAAACAAGAUCUGAAUGACAUUAGUGAUGUGAUUGGCGAUCGUGCCUUUGCAAAAAAUGUACAAGAUAUUGUGCCACCUGCCAGCGCAUUUAUGAAAGGAAUGCAACGUGCGGCAUGCAAGCAGCUUGUGUUGCAGGUGGAGCAGAUGCACGUAUCCGUGCUGCCCUCGACGCAGGUUGUGAUAUGGGCUUGGUGUGCAAUAACCGUGAAUCGGCAUGUAUUGCAUUGGCUGGGAUCGCAAACCUACCUUUGCCAAAUCAAGCACGUUUAG